AUGACUGUGAUCGAGUCCUCGAUUUCGGAUUGGCAAUCCAGCGACAACUUGGGGACCGAAACGGUACAAGAUGUCAAGCGUGCGCUGAUAUCCUAUGUGAAUCGUGCCCGACUAGAAAGACGACAUGUACUUUUUCCGCACGACUGCUCGAAUAACCUCGAAACUGGUGCUUACAUCCCACACUUUACCUCUCCCUACAGCAUCAGUCGUCACUUUGCCUUUCAUCUUAUACUCAAAGCUUGCUGCCUGAAGGAUUCUCUGUUCGCUCGGACACUGACGGCUGAAUCCAAAUAUGAUGUCCUUAAAGAACUGGAUGACAAGGCUGCAGAUUAUGCCAUACUGUCGCAUCACUGGUGUACUAAUGUUGGUUAUGGAGAGAUAACUGGGCUCAUGAAGAUGGAGGAGCAGAAGAGGGAUGAGGUCAGGUAUUGUGAUGGCUACCAAAAGAUCAUCAAGAACUGUGAGCAGGCCUCGAAGGACAGCUACAAGUGGGUGUGGAUUGAUACCUCUUGCAUUGAUAAGUGGAGCAGUGUGGAUCUACUACAUUUUCUCCUGUCUUAA